AUGUCAGGCCCUGGACCUUCCAAGAAUACCGCACAGGAUUCCCCGCAGGUCCGAAUCUCUUCUCAGGGGAUUCGUGGAAAGGAUGCCCAAAGAGCAGGCCGCAACGAGGAGCAACUCGGACAGAGGUCACAGAUGAGGAUGCGUCGAAGACCCACGAACACGAUGCGGGAUCCAAUACUGCAAUCAAAUACCCUCAGUCGAGAGAUCCCUUUCGCGCACAUGCGCGUCCAUUUCGAAGACUUUGCGAAGGAGCUGCGUCUGCACCGCCAUCACGAACAUCGAAAACGACUGCUUUCCCGUCGACAUUACCAUCUUCAGAAUGCGGUGGCGCUGUCCUCCCGCUUAUACCGAGUCGGAGAAUGGCUUCAUACUGGGGUUGUGGCAAUAUCUUGCCAGUCCGAUGCGAAUGGCUUCGCAAGAGUGCACCAACACUUGCAGGAGCUUUCCGACUCGUGCAUUUCUCACUGGAACCAUGAGAUCAACACCUUUCAAGAAACGCCUGCUACAGGCUCUUCGGUCAAAGCAUCGUUUCUCGCAAAUUUACCCAUUUCCUCUCAGCAGGACUGCAUCGAGCUGAUUCAGACUCUACGAAGCAACCCCAGAUUUUUGGUUGAAAGAUUUAGAGCACUAUCUCCUGCUCAAAUAUCUUCCCUCUCUACAGCGCCAAAAUAUCAAAAGCUUUCUGAAUCUGUCUUGACGUCUUUGUCGCAGAACAGGGGACGAGGCUCGCAGAAACGCCGUGUUAAGGCCUAUUCCAAAGAGCUCGAAGACUACGCCUCUUCUUUUGAACGAUCGAAUCCUUUGUCUUUCUUAAUUCACAAUGUAUAUGGUUCAUAUGGGGAUAUUCAGAGCGAUGAGAGCCGACUGCGACUUUAUACGUGGUCUACGAUUUGUGCAACACUGAUGAGCGAAUUUGAGCAAGCCUUCCACGCCAUUCUGACCCACGUCCUUCGCACAUUUGCAGAUAUGUAUGAGUGGCAGAUAAAAGAGCGUUUAGAACUUUUCUUGAUGUCCUUCCUGCAGAAAGGCGGAUUCUUGCUGGAGAUGAUCGACAAUCCGACACUGUCGCUUCAACAUGAACUGGCUUUCUUGGAUCCUUUCAGCACACAGGAAGCUCGAGACUUUCUGGAGACCGCGGUCAAAGAGCUCUUCGAGAUUCUAGGCUGCGAUGGGGGCAUCCCUUCGGCUGCGCUUGCUUUGGGCCGUGCCAUAAUUGGGAAACUUCCUACAAUGGAACUCCAGAGUCAAUUUCGUGGCACCUUCUUUUUCCAGUGGUAUUUGAGAGACUUCCUACGACAUAUAAUAGAAUUUCCAGAGGAGGAAAAACUGCUACACCAAUUCCACGUCAGUGAUAAGGCAAGGUCGCAUCUGCUGCACAAGCUAUGGGAUCGUGCUUCCGCCGGUGCGGAAGACGCCUUCAGUCCAAUAGCCUCCGAACAGCUUGACAGUGGAGUGCGGGACUGUAUACUGUCUAUGAUCAACCAACUGCAUCCGGACACCGAGUGUUCUGAUCCUUAUCAAGCAAGAAAUUCUCGUGCCGGUGCCUCAAUAGCAUCUCUGUCGAUCUGUGCAGCAGACAUUGCUCAUAUUCUCGAAGCACUAAGUCCCCAGUUUAUUCACACGUCGAGUCCGUGGGAUCCGUUCUUGAGCUCAUCGCACUCUACUUUCAGUAUGCAAUACAGUGGAGCGAGCAGCAAGUUCGACAAAUUGCGGCGACGUAUUCUGGACUCCGUUGAACCGGGUCAAUCUUCCAAGAGCGUCCAUCCCUGUCAGGAGAAUUGGGCCUUACUCUCGAUCUCGGACAAAGGUCAUUUAUAUGCCUUCACGGAUGACUGGUCUAAGGACGCCUCGUGGAGGAGCCACAGCUUGCGAGAUCUUCAGAUAGUUGAGGAAGCCGCACUCCGCCUGGUCGAAGGUGUCUCCUCAGUCCCAGAGCAAGACCUUCCGACUGGCCCCGGUCGCCUGUCAACCUCCAAAGAAUCUAGCCUGUGCGCCAUGUUUGCGGAACAAGCAAGCAUAGCUCGCAUCAAGACCGACAGUAUCAUGUCCAUGUACUGGGACGACGCGCUAACGUUUCUCAAGCGCCAUUAUCCGCUAACAGUAUGGACAGGGGACGAUACCAGGAUUUUGGGACCAUUCAUCAAGAGGCUGAAGAGCGACGAAACGGAGAUUGUCCGUGACUGCCUGCAUCUGGAAAAAGACGUCGCUCAAUUAGAGGCAUCGUAUGGGCUCGCUCUGUCGAAACUAUCGCAGCUUUCUGCUUGGCUCGACAAAUUGCGUACCAAACUUUGGUACAAGCUGGACGUCGUGGAUUCCAAAGCUUGCGAAGACGCAAGGAAUAUAUCGAUGGCUCUCAACAACAUGGCAGCAUCGCGACUUCGAGUCUUUGUCCCUUCUCAAGCAGGAGGCACUUCGCCAGGGUCAAGCCGGCCAGGCACAGCUGGUACAACUGCCUCGUCACGGUUUGAACAAUCAAGAGUAGACACCAUUAGCAUGUUGAAAGCCCCAUCAGAGUAUGGCGGGCCUAAGAAACUCUCCGAUGCGCAGAUUGAGAUAACCAAAAGAUGGCUCGAACGUAAUCAUCUCGACAAUUUCUGCAAGGGCGAAGAACGAAUCCAUCGAUUCUGUAUGGAGAUCAAGGUUGCCACACGAAAACUUGUUGGUGAAACGCUUACAGAUAGCCCAGUGCUGUGGUCAAGCGAGCUUUUCAGCCUGGAGAAGUCCUUCUAUGAUAUACAUGCUGGGACGAUUUUUAGUACCCAACCGAGCACACGACCUCCGAGCGUCUGGAGUGAGCCUCUCUCGUCGGCCUGGAUCCCAUCUCGGUCGCGGCCCGGAGGGUCAAGGGCAUCCUUCCACAGUCAAGGCUCUGGCAGGCUUGGAAGUGAUCUUGCGUCCCUCAUUAGUUCGCCCGGCCGUGCGGCGACUGUAACCACACUAGAAUCUGGCAGCAGCUUCUGGUCGCCACCUCAAUCCAAUCCGAGAUCGGUGACUUCGGCGUCCUCAUUGUCCAGACCAGCAUCAACUUUCGAGGACAUGGGCUCGAAUCGUCAGCCAGACCACACCGAGAAAAAGGCUGCCUUCUUGGACAGAAUUCAGCAGGACUUGACUUGCCUGUUACUUUCUGACCUUGCCUCACCAGUAUGGAGUUGUGGAAGCGAGACAGACGCUUGGAUGGCAUCAACAUUACAGGCUUCGAAUAUCGUGCAACGAAUUGGCCAACGAGGUGUUAUGGCACGACUCCUGGACGACCGCGAUUUCGGGCCGAGCCAGACCAACCAGAGGGCUGCAGCCAUACGGAAGCAUAGAAGUCAAAGUGCAGCUCCUGGACGAAAGGGCGCUUUGACUAGCGCCUUAACGACUGGUCCAGAUGUCCUUCAAGAAGCACUGAAUGGUGCAAGCAUAGAGCUACGAUCGACGACCUUCUCCUACAAGUACGCAUUCGAAGAUGUUAUCUGGAGGAUAAGCGAGCAUGUGGACCCAAGUCAGAAGCUCAAGGCAAUUCAGGAUUUCAUGACCCUGUCGCAGGCUCUCCGACGCGACCUGAAAGCCCUCGCCGACAAAGACUCGGAUCUUAAACAGCCGGAGCAGUCGGACCCUACAACUCCACGGAGGCGCAGUCUCGAUCCUAACGCCCUUACAUCGAGCGGUCGGCGGAAGCACCGGACGAUGACAUCUCCUGAAAUCGCAGAGAAGGAGGACAAUACCGAGAGCGAAACCGUUGAUUUCUUGAAGAGAAUUUUGGUCGUUCUACGCCCGAAGACGAUAUUUCGGGAUCUGCAAUAUGUUGCAGCAUUCGUAUCGUCUGAUACACUGGAUGACACAGAUCUAGGACGAGCAUUUCUUCAGGUUGGACUGGCUUCCCUCGCGUGGAAGGACGAGGUGUGUCGAGCUAUGGUCGAUGUUGCUGACCGAAUAGUUGCCCGGGAUUCUAUUAAGCGACCAGUGCGCCAUGGAGAACGGAGUGAACCGUCUGUUCUUCGAGCCGCGGACUAUUGGGUCAUUGCAGCGCGGGAGGGCAAUGCCAUUGCCCAACGAGAGCUGGCGAGUCUAUACCUGACACAUCCUGAGGUGCUACCGAUUGUUAGCUUGCCCUUAACACUCUCAUCCGAGAUCUUCAAAAACGAUAUGAUGUGGGAGGACGCAUCGUCCUCACCACCACGAAACCGGCAGGCACUCUGUCUUGCGGUUCACUGGAUGCAACAGGCAGCAGAGAAUGGCGAUGAACUAGCCCAGACAAAAUUGAAAGAGCGACGUGCUGCUCGGCCAGGUGGAUGA